GUGAAGGCCAGCGCCGUGUUCCGAUGCUCCGUGUGUGGCGUUACACCUUUAACCAGAUGGGAUAAUCUUCUGCACCUUGCCUGGUAUAAUCGCAGACAUGGCAGACGCGGAGCUGCAGACCUUCACGUCUGUAAUGGAUGCGCUCGUGCGCAUCAGUUCCAAUAUGAAGAGUAUGGAGCGGGAGCUCCGCUGCCCGGUAUGUGAGGAGAUGGUAAAGCAGCCGAUCGUGUUGCCGUGCCUGCACAGUGUGUGUGUGUUAUGUGCGGCGGAGGUGCUGGUGCAGAGAGGUUAUCCUCCUCCUGAACUCCCGAGGGAACCCAACACGCCCACGUCAAGCCCCAGCACCCGGUCACCACGACACGCUCGCCGACCACCACCCAAAACUGACCGCCUUGAGCAUGUGCUCAAAACAGUAUGUGGCACAUAUCCGGGACGGAGACGGAAAGACACAAUUCCUUUGAACAUGUUGUUCCCGUGUCCCACUUGUUGCCGGGACGUGGAGCUGGGAGAGCGAGGCCUUACUGACUGCCUGCGUAAUCUCACACUGGAACGUAUCAUUGAGAGGUACAGACAGACAGUGAGUCUGGGCAGCAUGGCAGUGAUGUGUCAGUUCUGCAAGCCCCCUCAAGCACUGGAGGCCACCAAAGGCUGCGCUGAUUGCCGGGCUAAUUUCUGUAACGAGUGUUUUAAGUUGUACCACCCCUGGGGUACCCCACGUGCCCAACAUGAGCAUGUUCUGCCCACACACAGUUUCCGACCCAAGGUGCUGGUGUGUGUUGAACAUGAGCAGGAACGGAUGCAGUUUUACUGCCGCUCGUGUCAGCGUCUGUUGUGUGCACUCUGUAAGCUGCGCCGAGUCCACAAUAGCCACAAGGUCAUGCCCAUAGCACUCGCCUACCAGACGUUGAAGGAUAAAAUUACUAAGCAGAUGAACUAUGUUCUGGCCCAUCAAGAGAGAGUGCAGGCCCAAAUCACUCAAGUGGAGAGUGCCAUCGCUCAGACAGAGGUGAACAGUGCGGUUGCUAAAGAGCACCUGAACCAGUGUGUGAACAAUAUGCGCGAAGAGCUAGAUGAACGGCAGUGCGCUAUGAUCAAAACUCUGGAGGAAACUCGUGUUCAAAAAUCAGAUGCUCUAAGCACACAACUUUUAGAGAAACAGAGUCUUCUGGAAAACACGGGGCUCGUCAUGUACACACAGGAGUUACUGAAAGAAAACGAUCAGCCUUGCUUUGUGCAGGCUGCCAGAGUCACCCACAACCGGUUGGUCACAGCCAUAGAGAACCUGCAGCGCUUCUCCCUCUCUACAGAUCCCUCAUUCCAUCAUUUCCAUGUGGACAUCUCCAGAGAGUUAAAGCUACUCAGCAGCAUCAAUUUCAUACAAGCUCCACUGGCUCCUGUAAUCGACACCCAAAAGACUCUGGCAUACGAUCAGCUGUACCUGUGCUGGCGCCUCCCUCAAGACUCUGCUCCUGCCUGGCACUACUCCGUGGAGUUUCAGAGAAAAAAUGGCAGAGAUGGACCUUUGUGGGGUGGGGUCAAAUCUGAAGUCUUCGGAGGCCCCAACAGUCCGUGGCAGCGCAUAGACGAGGUGGGCGGGACUAGUGCUGUGAUUGACAGACUGGAGAUGGACAGCGUGUAUGUGCUGAGAGUAAGAGGCUGCAACAAAGCAGGUUUUGGCGAAUACAGUGAGGAAGUGUAUCUACACACACCGCCUGCACAAGUGCUGUCAUUUUGUCUGGACUCUCGCUGGGGGCUCCAUGCUGAGCGUGUGGCACUGGGUAAAGGGCAGACGUAUGCCCGCAGCGUGCCUGGUGUCACUUUGCUGCAGGCUGCCGACUGCGCCCUCACUUCCUUUCAUCUGACCUCUGACCUCUUGGUGGCAGACGUAUCAAUCACACAGGGUCGUCACUACUGGGCAUGUUCAGUGGAGCCUGGUUCCUACUUAGUCAAGGUUGGUGUUGGUCAAGAAACAAAGCUUCAAGAAUGGUUUCACUUACCACAGGACAUGGCAAGUCCCCGGUAUGAUCCUGACAGUGGGCAUGACAGUGGUGCUGAGGAUGCCCAGGACUGUUCACCUCCCUUCUGCUUCCUCACCAUGGGCAUGGGUAAGAUUCUCAUGCCCAAAUCAGGGGCAUCUAAUGGCAUGUCCGGCCCCCUGACUGCUCCCCUGCCGCCGCGCCUUGGCGUGUGUCUGGACUUUGAUAAAGGACGUGUUACUUUCUACGAUGCCCACUCGCUGCGCGUGCUAUGGGAUGGGACCGUCGAUUGCUCCGCCCCUGUUUGCCCGGCCUUUUGCUUUAUUGGCGGAGGGGCACUUCAGCUGCAGGAGCUGAUAGCCAAUCGCAGCACAGAGCAAACCAUGCCCAGGAGAGUCACCAUUCAAUCACAUGCAACAAAUCUGAGCAAAUGAAGCCAUAAACAGUGAUACAGGAAACUCUUAACUCUUAAGCACCUUGAAAUGUCAUCUUUCAUUAGUACUUUUUUUAAUAUAUAUAUUUGAUAUUUAGUUUCUAUGUUCAGUUAAUUUUGAUUUCCACCUUACAGGCAGGGUUUUAUAUUAAGAUUUGCAUUCUCCUGCAUUGUGCUUAGAAACUGCGGCAUGCAGAUAAUCAGGAUUUCAUGCUACUAAUAUAAAAUAAAGUUUGUCCGGUCUGGUGCAUGAACAGCAUAACUCAUCUAUAGGCAUAAAUCAUGAAUGAUGCAUUUCUAGUAAAGGGAAUGAUGAUUUAUAUGCUAUUUUUACACAUUCAGCUUGUGAAUCAACUAAAAUGGGUAAAAUAAUUUGUACAGGCUUAGUACACACAACACCAGUGUGUUUGCUUUUUAUAGGACUGUAUAAUUGUUGCCACCUUUGAUUUUUGUCUCGAUUAGUUUAGAUCGUGUCUGAGGUUAAUUAUGGUUAGAGUCAUGAGAGUCCCGAGCCUCUGUUUUUUUAUUUAACACAGUAAGAUCACUGUUAAGCGCUCUGCAUACGUUGCCCUGCAUUUAGCUUUAUAAGUAGACGGCCAAUUACAGCAGGCCCAAACUAAAAGAUUCACCAUCUGAUCAGAUGCUACAUGUCUCUAACAGAAGCCAGUAAUGUUUGUGUGUGUAGAACAUUUAUGUCACAGUAAUAUUUGGUAUAUGUCAAUUGCUAAAAAUCACCUAAAAUAUUGUACUAACAAUUGUAUUAACCAUAUGUGGCCUAAAUGUUCAAUUUCACAACAAAGCUUGUUACUGUCAGCGAAUAUAAAACAAGAAAAACAAACAAUAUCACAAUGUUACAGUUGUUACUAUGUCACAAUGUCAUGUCUCAGAUAAAAUGCAUAGAAGAAUACAAUAUAUAACGACUAAACAUGUACUGUAUGUUUAUUACUAGCUAAGCAUGUUAAAAAUACCUUCCAAGAAAUGCAAAAGUAUUUUUUAAAACAGAACAGAAAUCCAUGUCUUGUUAUGUUUAUACAUCCAAAAUGACAUCAUCAGAUCCAUCUUUCUGCUGAUGGAAAUAUCCUGAAACGAAUGAUUAAAAUGUCGUCCAGGUGGUAACUCAGGCCUUUAAAGUCACAAACAAAAGUGAAACUAUUGGAAAAGGAUUCUGUCAAAAGACGAUUUGCAAAGUGCGUUAUUGUUGAUGUGCUGACUUUUUCUGUGAGAUAUCCAUUUAGCAUCUUUGGAAGGAAUCUCCAGCGUUUAUGUUCCUUUUUUUUUUUGGACAUUAAAAUCUUCAGGACAGAUGGUUUGUCUUUGUCUAUGACAUGAUGUUAAAAGCUGCAUUUUUUGUCUUUGAAAAAUAAAACGAGAUGUUUGUGAGGGAGCGACUGUUUUUCGCUGCUACGUAAAACAACUUUGCAGACAUUAAACAUUAAAUGUAUCUAUAAAUGG